AACCCACCAACCCUCACUUCUUCCACAUGCACGUUGCCUUUUGCAGACACUGGUAAAGAAACAACAAAGAGAAAGGAAGGUAUGGGUACCUCAUUGUUGAUUGCAGCAGCUGUUUUCGUAUUGGCUGUCGGGACUGCCGUUAAUGGCUGCCCGCCGUCAGAUAGGGCAGCGUUGAUGGCCUUCAAAGCUGCUUUACACGAGCCUUACUUGGGCAUCUUUAAGUCAUGGACGGGUAACGACUGUUGUAACAAAUGGUACGGCGUUAGUUGUGAUCCGAUUACCAAACGGGUUGCCGACAUCAACCUCCGUGGAGAGUCCGAAGACCCGAUUUUCCAGAAGGCCCACCGGACCGGGUACAUGAACGGGUCCAUCUCUCCAGCUAUUUGCAAGCUGGAUAGGCUGUCCAGUGUAAUUAUUGCUGACUGGAAGGGUAUUUCCGGUAUUAUACCUCCUUGUAUAUCUUCUCUACCUUUCCUCCGUAUACUAGACCUCAUCGGAAACCAAAUCUCCGGUCAAAUCCCUUACAAUAUCGGCAAACUCAGCCGUUUGACGGUUCUUAACAUCGCCGAUAACAAAAUUACCGGUAGGAUGCCGAGGUCAAUAGCAAAUCUGGCGUCAUUAAUGCAUUUGGAUCUCCGAAACAACUUGAUUUCGGGAACGAUACCACAAAACUUCGGGAAGCUUCGAAUGCUGAGUCGUGCCUUGCUGAGCGGCAACCGAAUCUACGGACCGAUUCCAUACACGAUUUCUUACAUCUACCGUCUCUCCGACCUUGAUCUGUCGCUGAACAGGAUCUCCGGACCAGUUCCUGAAUCUCUCGGGAAAAUGGCGGUCCUGGCGACGUUGAACCUGGAUGGAAACAAGAUCUCCGGUAAGUUACCAGCAACUCUGAUGAACUCAAGCAUUAGCAUAUUAAACCUUAGCAGAAACGCGAUCGAAGGCAACAUACCGGACGUGUUCGGGCCUAGUUCUUACUUCAUGAUGAUGGAUUUGUCGUACAACAAUCUGAAAGGAGCAAUCCCGAAGUCGAUAGCAUCCGCUUCGUACAUCGGACAUCUUGAUCUGAGCCACAACCAUCUGUGCGGGGCGAUUCCGGCGGGAUCAUGGUUCGACCACCUUGAAGCGGCGUCGUUUGUUAACAACGACUGUUUGUGUGGAAAGCCUCUUAAAUCAUGUUAAUUAACUAAAGUAUUACUUUGCUUAAAUGAAUCGCCGGCCGUCUACGCCAACGUUGACGGAACUUUCCGGUUCCGUCCCGGGAAAUUCUAAUAGUCCGUACAUUGAGUGUCGUUUAAUUGGUGCAAAACUGCCAUGGAUGGAGAAGAUAUUUGAAUUGGACGACAUUAAUAUCAUAUAGAUGGUUAUUAAUAUACAUUUGUACCUAUU